ACCUGUGAUAUAGGCUUCAUCUUUUUAAGGAUCAAUCUGGAUCUGGACCACAAAAGCGCAGCCUCAGUAGUCGCCCUUCGCCCGAUCAUUGAAGACUUCAUCAUGCGAUUCACAAGCGAACCCGAGAGAGCACUGCAGAUGGCAGACAGUGAUGUCACUCUGAAACACGUGAUCAGAAGUCUGUCUACGGCAGAUAGUGUGUUGCUGGAAAGGGGAGGGGCGAGUGGGGGUGGUGCAAUUAAAAGGCCGAUGAUGCAGUCGCCAUUGGGGGGAGGAUAUGGACAGUACGGGCCUUCGCCUCCCAAGGCUACUAUGAUGGAAAGCAGUUACAACAGUGGCGGUGCAAAUCAAAGUUAUGGCGGCUACGGAGAGCCCAGUAGAGGUUAUGCUCCAAGAUUUCCGCCCAGAGCCCAAGGCUACAGUCAAGUGAACUCACAAUUCAGAGGCUCGCCUAGAUACCCCACCCCUCCCAGACCUGGUGGGUCAUUCCGAGGGGCACCCUUUAGACCGGCUCAACCCGGAGACUCGAGUGGGGGCAGUGUCUGGAUUAAACCAGAACCACCUGAACUGAAGCAGGAAAUAGGAAUGAGAUUCCCUCCGCCUGGUCCUAGAGGAGGUUACGGAUCACCCAGGCCCCCAAUUGGAGGAUAUGGAAGAGGCGGUAGAACUGGGGUUGCGGGAGGCUUCAGAGGGGGAUCUAGAGGUCCACCGCCGCCACCAAGUGCAUAUAGGUUCAAUUACAAUCGCUGAAGGAACGUGGAACGUUAUCGGAUAGAAAAGCGGAAGCUCAAUUUAAUGAUGCAAUAUUAUCUCCAUAGUACAAAAAUCUGAACUAUAAAACUACUCAAAAACUUUGGUUGUCUCUUCAAAAUAUUUAAAUUUGAUUCAACUUUCAGUGUUCUAAAGAUAAGGUUUAUUAUUUUUCUGAUGUAAUCAAUUAAUGUUUUAUGGAAAA